AUUCUUCAUCCCACCAUGGACUCUAAGAAGAAAAAUAAGACCCGCUCUUCGAAGGCUGGGAUCAUAUUCCCCGUCGGCCGCAUACAUAGGUUGUUGAAAAGCGGGAACUAUGCCAGAAAAGUCGGCGUAGGCUCCGCUGUAUACCUCGCUGGCGUUGCAGAGUACUUAGCAGCCGAGAUUUUGGAGUUAGCAGCGCAAGCGGCCCAGGAUAACAGCAGAAGUCGCGUAGCUCCUCGACAUAUCCUUCUAGCAGUAAAAAAUGAUGAAGAGCUGAGGAAACUGUUAGCUGGCGUCGUUAUUUCCGAAGGAGGUGUGCUGCCUUCUAUCCGUCAAGAGCUGCUGCCUAAGAAGACUGUCAAACCAGCGUCUGAUGAUUGAAGAAAGUUACUGUGUGAUCUAGUCCGACAAAUUUCUAGUGAAAUGAAGACGCGCGCGCUGCGCUGAGAUAAAUUAUGAGAAGCGCUGUGAAGAGUUUUCAAAUGAGAAGCCGUUAAAUGCGAGAAGUCAGUGAAGAAUAAUAUAUUAAUAGUGUUCAAUGAAUAAUUUAAUUUUGCCUGCUUAUUUAUGAAAGACAAAUGUCCUUUUCAGGACAACA